GCGGAUGUUCACUUUACUUUUCCCCGGGUGUUGUCAGUCUCCCCGGCACACUCACGGCAGCUACCAUCUAUCCAUGCAGUUCACUUCAUUGUACUGACUGUGCUCAUCAAUUAGGCAAGAAUUAAGCCGUUUUAGAAGCAAUAAUUUGUCUUUUAGCACUUUGAAGAGGAUUAUAAACCGCGGGAAGAGGCGCAGGUAAGUUUUGAGUGCGGGAAAGCGGAGAAAAACGAAACACAGGGUCUCUGUUUGUUGCAGCCAUGCCCUCAGUGAUGGAGCGCUCGGGGGCCGGGGUCCUGUCCAGGAGCAGAGCCAAGACCGUAACCAACGGCAACAGCCAACCACACUCUGAAGAGGAGAGCAGCGAUGAAGAGCAUGCUCAUGACAGUAUGAUCAGAGUGGGAGGAGACUACCAGGCUCAGAUCCCAGAGUUCAAACCAGACAGUCCAACCCGCUUCAGUGAGAAGGACCAGAGGAGCAUGUUGGUCUGGUGUCCCAACAGUCAGCUUUCUGAUGCAAUGUUGGACGAGUACAUCCUUAUGGCAAAAGAGAAACAUGGAUACAACAUGGAGCAGGCUCUGGGCAUGUUAUUAUGGCACAAACAUGACGUAGAGCGCUCGCUUGCCGACCUGGCCAACUUCACCCCCUUCCCAGACGAGUGGACAGUGGAGGAUAAAGUGUUGUUCGAGCAGGCCUUCAGCUUCCACGGCAAGAGCUUCCACCGCAUCCAGCAGAUGCUUCCAGACAAGCUGAUCUCCAGCCUGGUGAAGUAUUACUACAGCUGGAAGAAGACCAGGACCAGGACCUCUGUCAUGGACCGGCAGGCCAGGAGGCUAGUCAACAAGAGAGAGAAAGAUGACAGUAAUGAUGAUAUGGAGGAAGGUGACCCUGGCAGUGACAGUGACUUUGAGAUUGACACCAAGAAAGAGGCAGUGAAACAGAACCCCAGCAGCACCAGCUCUGACAAGGCGACCCCCAGCCGCUCUGGGCCGGUGAAGAAGGAAAAUAUCGGGGCUCAGUACCGCCACCACCCCCUCAGAGCCCGCCGCAGGCCACCCAAAGGCAUGCACCUGGAGCAGGGAGACAUCACGUCCCUGUCGGCCUCCCACGAUGCUGGGGUGCUAACUGUACGACAGCUGGACACACAGUUGGUGUCACUGAAGAGACAGGUUCAGUCUAUUAAACAGAACAACAGUAGUUUGAAACAGGGCUUAAAUGAAGGUGUUGACACUUUCAGACCUGCUGAGCCUGCCCCUAAGAUGAACUCUCGUUGGACUACAGAGGAGCAGCUCCUGGCUGUGCAGGCUAUCCGUCGCUAUGGUAAAGACUUUGCAGCCAUCGCCGAGGUGAUAGGGACCAAGACACCAGCUCAGGUGAGUUCGUUCUUCGUGAGCUACCGGCGCAGGUUCAACCUGGACGAGGUGCUGAGGGAGUGGGCAGCUGAGCAGGUGGCCACCAGCCGAGACCAGAGAGACCCCAGGAGGAGCGGCGAGGAGAUGGCAGCAGCUACAGAUGGAGCCACUGAGGAGGACGAGGUCAAAAUGGAGGACUCUCCCUCGGAUGCCGCCGGCAGUUCCUCUCCACCCUCCUCCGCCCAGACCCCCUCCUCCCUCUCCCAGCCUCCUCCGCUGCUGCGCCCUGCACCUCCCUCGGCUCCCCCCAGCCUCCUCCGUCAGCCUCCUCCUCUGCAGACGCGCCCUCUCCAGAACCGAGCGCCCCACAACCACCCUCCACCUCCGCUCAUCCGGCCUGCGGUGACCACCUCGUCCUCCUCCACCGGGAGCUCCAGCCUCAGGGCUUCUCCUCCCAGCUCCUCCUCCUCCGCUGCAGGGCAGAUGCCUCCGUCGCUGGUCGGGCUCAAAGUGGAGCAGCCCAACUCGCACUGAUACACAUGCGCGCACACACACAUGCACACAUAUACAGCUAAUAGGAAUAGAAACACACAUACAUACACACACAAAUUAGCAUGCAGACUUCACCCUGUCACACCAUCGCUCGUAGCCUUUGUUCCUGGGACCAUUACACAUCACGUGACCAUGUGAUGAUUGAACGCACUCAGGCCCCUAAGGUGACAUCACAGCUCUUAAAAUGUGGCAGGAAGUGUGUCAGGACCCCCCGCAGGCCUACUGUGUAAGGCAGUGGCAUGAAGCCCCUUUACUGUACUAACAAACACCUACCUCCAGACCCAUGUUUUUUAGCAAAAACACACACACACACACACACACACACACACACACACACACACACUACAAACAAGCUAGGAACUCAAAACAAACACUACCUGCACACACCCCCUCUGAACAAAACAAAAAGAGACACUGGAUCGUCAAGCUGUUGAAGAAAGCCAUGACCACAGAGCGCAAACCCACCUGCUUGUUUCCAUGGCAACUGCUGAACAUCUGGAUUGCGGAGGAGUGUGGUUGAACACACACUAUAUAUAUAUCUAUACUGUAGAUUCCACUGAGCAGGUAUCAAGUCAUCCAAACAACCUUCAGGAAAAUCAAAUAAUGAAUAAACGAGGGAAAGAAAAGCUGAGAAAGACGGGAAAGAGGAAGAGUCGCCCACAUCUGAGCCAAACCUGAGAGGUCACGUAGAUUAGAAAAUCAUUCAGAUGGCUGGAAAUGAUGUGAAAAACAUGCCUUCUUCUAUUGAGCUUUGCUUUAAAACUUAGACCCUCAUAGAGGAGCGAAAAGGUACUUUUGCAAAGAAAGUGGGCUUUGUAUUCGAAGCUGUGCUAUUAGUUUAUCGUUAUGGCUUUUAAUGGUUGAAGCUGUUUCUUCUAAAAUGGGUGAAUGAAAAGAAGAGCAAGAGAUCCCACCUCUCCCUCUUCUCUCAUAGCCAUGUAUUACUAUUAUUAACUGGAGUGAUGUUUUCCCUUUUUUGACUAGACUUUUAAAGUGAGCCCUAGGUGUAGGCAGUUAGUUCUUGCAAGUAGUUUAGAUAGUACAUACUUUAUUAUUAUGAUGAUGAUUAUUGACUGAGCACUAAGAAGAAAAAGAGCCUUUUAACAUGUGACUGGACUUUCUCACGUUUCAAGACAUUUGCCACAUCUUGUUUUUCACUGGCUCAGUGUUGAAGUCCCACUGCUUAAUGUCCAUUACUUUGGAGGAAUAUUUUCAGUAGUUAAGCGCUAACAGCGGCCGCUCUGGAGAGCAGCUGAACGAAGCAUUAGCCUCUGUGUAAUGUGUGUAGAGGAGUGAUUUUUUUUUUUUAUAGCAGGUUCACAAAGUGAAGGGGACGACUGACCUUUCCUGACCUCCUACAGAUAACCGUACACUGAAAAAUAAAAUGUUCUGCCAAAGUCUGUUCUUGCUUUAAAAGCUCAUUGUCCCACAGAUUUCCCAUGUCUCCAGUUAGCUGUUGAGCAUCAAAGAAGAGUCUGACAUUUUACACUGCUAGCUUGCUUCCUACAUGUUAGACACAGGAAAAGUAGUAAAACAAAAGGCGUUAAGUAUUCGCUUUCGUGCAGAGAGUUAGACGAGAAGAUAGAUGCCUCUCUGUUAUAUUUGCGUUAAAUGUGAAGCUACCGCCAGCAGCCGGUUAACUUAGCUUAGCACAAAGACGGGAAACGGGGAAAAGCUAGUCUUUCUCUAUCCAAAGGUAACAAAAUCAGCCUACCAGCGCCUCUAAAGCUCACUAAUUAACACGUAAAACACGUUGUCCAGGUUGUUUCUUUUUUUUUUUUUUGCCAAACCAUUUCUUGGUCAGGACCAGUAACUUCCUACAGUCUCUGCUGGUUGCUGGGCAACAGGUUCCGAACAAGAAAUAGUCUGGGACAUAACCGCCCGUAAAACGUCGAUUUGUCAUUUUUACACUUAGGUUUUUAUACGGAUUAAACAAACGAGAUACAACUUGUUAAUUAGUGAAUUUAAGAGGUGCUGGUAGGUGAAUGUUGUUACCUUGGGACAGAGCCAGGCUAGUUAUUUUCUCCCUGUUUCCUGUCUUUAUGCUAAGCUAAGUUAGCCGGCUGUUGGCAGUAGCUUCAUGCUGAGCGUACAGACAUGAGAGUGGUAGUUAUCUCUUGGCUGGUUGAGAUGAUUCAGUUCAGUCUUUUGUCAACCAGCAUGUCAGAAUAAUCACACAAGUGAAUUUACAAAGAUGCGAUGACAACUCUCUAAAGCCCUCUGAGUCCAGCAAAGGCAGCGUCUUACUCUGCUAGUUCGAGUUCCUGUCCUGUCCAGGCACACAAGGAGGUGCGAGAGGUCGAAGGGCAUCUGAAAGGAUUCAUUUAGCCAAUGAACUGUCAGGAAAUGGCUGCAUCUCGCUUCUCAGUGCUGCCACAGUGCAGCUUUCUGCCUCUGAAAUGUACCUCUAUGGUGAUAAACAGGCAACCUCAUGAACAAAUGUAGAUGACUGAAUGAUAUUUUGUGGUUGCUACUUAUUUGUGAUUUCUUUUGAACAUCAUCUGCUGGUGCUGUGCUGAAUCUUUCCCUUCUUCCUAGUCUAGUUGCCUGUGUAUCACUGCAUUUUCAAGCAGAUCUGGGAUCGCACGUCAUGUAUAAACCUUUCUUUAAACUCUGUCCAGUGCUUCUCCACUGAUAGUCUCACAUCACCCACUUUUGUUAGCAGAGGACUUCGGUGUUCGGUUUAACGCGGCCCUGAGCAGGAAUCAAAGGGGCCCAUCACUACGUUUGGCUUUAAAGUGGCUUGCCUUUUGUCUUACAUUUGUUCCUCCAAAAACUGCUUGUGUGUACUGUAUGUGAGAAGUUGUUUACAUUGUGGAAACUGAACUGUUUGUGUUUGAGAAAUGUUUUUGUUUUUGUUUUUUUAGAAUAAAGAAAUGACCAAAUAGCA